AUGCUACGAACCACAGCCAGCAAUGGCCUCUGCCGCCUGUCCACCUACUUGGAAGAACUCGAGGCUGUGGAACUGAAGAAGUUCAAGUUAUACCUAAGAACAGCGGCAGAGCUGGGGGAAGACAGGAUCCCCUGGGGACGUAUGGAAAAGGCUGGUCCCCUAGAAAUGGCCCAGCUGCUGGUGGCCCAUUGCGGAACAGGAGAGGCCUGGCUGCUGACUCUAAGCAUCUUUGAGAGGAUCAACAGGAAGGACCUGUGGCAAAGAGGACAGAGAGAGGACCUGGAGAGGGAUACUCCAGCUAGUGGUCCAUCCUCGCUUAGCAGCCAGUCAGCGUCCCUUCUGGAAGUCUCUCCUGGCACUCCAAGAAAAGAUCCCCAGGACACCUACCGGGACUAUGUCCGCAGGAAAUUCCGGCUCAUGGAAGACCGCAACGCGCGCCUAGGGGAAUGCGUCAACCUCAGCCACAGGUACACCCGGCCCCUCCUAGUGAAAGAACACUCAAAUCCCAUGAGGGCCCAGCAGAAGCUUUUGGACACAAGCUGGGGACAUGCGAGAACCGUGGGACACCAAGCCAGCCCCAUCCAGAUAGAGACCCUCUUUGAGCCCGAUGAGGAGCGCCCUGAGCCGCCGCGCACCGUGGUCUUGCAGGGAGCAGCAGGGAUCGGGAAGUCCAUGUUGGCCCACAAGGUGAUGCUGGACUGGGCCGACGGGAGGCUCUUCCAAGGCAGGUUUGAUUAUCUUUUCUACAUCAACUGCAGGGAGAUGAACCAGAGCGCCACCGAGCGGAGUGCACAGGACCUUCUCUCCAGCUGCUGGCCUGAGCCCAGCGCACCCCUGCAGGAGCUCGUCCGGGUUCCUGAGCGCCUCCUUUUCAUCAUUGACGGCUUUGAUGAGCUCAAACCAUCUUUCCACGAUCCUCAGGGUCCCUGGUGCCUCUGCUGGGAGGAGAAACGGCCCACGGAGCUUCUCCUGAGCAGCCUGAUUCGGAAGAAAUUGCUUCCUGAACUGUCUUUGCUCAUCACCACCCGGCCCACGGCUUUGGACAAGCUCCACCGCUUGCUCGAGCACCCCAGGCACGUCGAGAUCCUGGGUUUCUCUGAGGCAGAAAGGAAGGAGUACUUCUACAAGUAUUUCCACAACGCAGAGCAGGCGGGCCAAGUCUUCGACUUCGUGAGGGAGAACGAGGCCCUCUUUACUAUGUGCUUUGUCCCCCUGGUGUGCUGGAUAGUUUGCACCUGCCUCCAGCAGCAACUGGAAGGUGGGGGCCUUUUAAGACAGACCUCCAGGACCACCACAGCAGUGUACAUGCUCUACCUUCUGAGUCUGAUGCAACCCAAGCCAGGGACCCCCUCCUUCCAGCCCCCGCCCAACCAGAGAGGACUGUGCUCUCUGGCGGCAGAUGGCCUAUGGAAUCAGAAAAUCCUAUUUGAGGAGCAAGACCUCCGGAAACACGGACUGGAUGGCGCAGAUGUCUCUGCCUUCCUCAACAUGAACAUCUUCCAAAAGGACAUUAACUGCGAAAAGUUCUAUAGCUUCAUCCACUUGAGCUUCCAGGAAUUCUUUGCAGCCAUGUACUAUGUCCUGGGGGGUGGGGACAGUGGGUCAGGCCCAGACCAGAAUGUGGCUAGACUGUUGGCUGAAUAUGGGUUUUCAGAAAGGAGCUUCCUGGCACUCACCGUACGCUUUCUGUUUGGACUCCUGAAUGAGGAGACGAGAAGCUACCUGGAGAAGAGUCUUUGCUGGAAGGUCUCACCUCACAUCAAGGUGGAACUGCUGGAGUGGAUUCAAAGCAAAGCGCAGAGUGAGGGCUCCACCCUGCAGAAGGGCUCCUUGGAGUUCUUCAGCUGUUUGUAUGAGAUCCAGGAGGAGGAAUUUAUCCGACAGGCCCUGAGCCACUUCCAGGUGAUUGUGGUCAGCAACAUUACCACCAACAUGGAGUACAUGGUCUCCUCGUUUUGUGUGCAGAACUGCAGGAAUGUCCUGGUGCUGCACUUGUACGGGGCUGCCUACAGUGCAGAUGAAGAAGAUGAGAUGAGAUGGACUUCAGAAACCCAGAUGCUGUUGGCGGAAUCGAGACCUGAGAGGAACAUUCUGCCAGACGCCUACAGUGAGCAUCUUGCUGCAGCUCUAUGCACCAAUCCUAAUCUGAUAGAGCUAGCUUUGUACCGCAAUGCCCUGGGAAGCCGAGGGGUGAAGUUGCUCUGUCAAGGACUCAGGCACCCCAACUGCAAACUUCAGAACCUGAGGCUGAAGAGGUGCUGUGUCUCCAGUUCUGUCUGCCCUGACCUUGCAGCGGCUCUUACAGCCAAUAAGCAUUUAAUCAGGAUGGAUCUAAGUGGCAACGGCCUCGGCCUUCCAGGCAUGAAACUACUUUGUGAGGGACUCCGGCAUCCCAAAUGCAGGCUGCAGAUGAUUCAGUUAAGGAAGUGUCAGCUGGAGGCUGGGGCUUGUCAGGAGAUCGCUUCUGUACUCAGCAACAGCCGACAUCUGGUAGAGUUGGACCUAACAGGAAAUGCCCUGGAGGACCUGGGCUUGUGGUUGGUGUGUCAAGGUUUGAGGCACCCAGUCUGCAGGCUGCAGACCUUGUGGUUGAAGAUUUGCCAUCUCACUGCUGCUGCCUGUGAAGCCCUGGCCUCCACCCUCAGUGUGAACGAGAGCCUGGUGGAGCUGGACCUGAGUCUAAAUGACCUGGGGGACCCCGGAGUGCUGCUGCUGUGCAAGGGCCUGAAGCAACCCAAGUGCAAACUCCAGACCCUCCGGUUGGGCAUUUGCCGACUGGGCUCUGCCGCCUGUGAGAGUCUCUCUGACGUGCUCCAGGUCAACCACCACCUCCGGGAGCUGGAUCUGAGUUUCAAUGACCUGGGAGACUGGGGCAUGUGGUUACUGAGUGAGGGGCUGCAACAUCCCACCUGCAGACUCCAGAAACUGUGGCUGGAUAGCUGCGGCCUCACAGCCAAAGCUUGUAAGGAUCUUUCUUCUACCUUGGGGAUCAACCAGACCUUGACUGAGCUUUAUCUGACCAACAACGCCCUGGGGGACACAGGUGUCCGGCUGCUAUGCAAAAGGCUGAGCCAUCCCAGCUGCAAACUUCGAGUCCUCUGGUUAUUUGGAAUGGACCUGAAUAUAAUGACCCACAAUAGGUUGGCAGCACUUCGAGUAAAGAAACCUUACUUAGAUAUUGGCUGCUGA